AUGGAGAAAGUUAACAGAUGGCGCCUUUCGCUCGCUGAAGUUUCAAGGUUUCCAGGAUACCAUAUAUCAAAGAGCAGGUAUGAUCUGGACACUGUGCAAGAAAUUGUGGAGGAUAUGGCAGCAAAGUUAAAAAGAAAAGUGUUUCUCUUAGGGAGUUAUCUGUUUGGAAUAGAUUCUGCUGUAACAGAGAUAUAUCAAAUGCUAAGACUAGAGUCAAUUGAUGUUCGCGUUGUUGUGAUAUGUGGGAUGGGUGGAAUUGGGAAGACCACAAUUGCCAAAGCUUUCUGCAACAAAUAUUCCAACAGAUUUCAUAUCAACUGCUUUAUUCAAAAUGAAUAUCAGCACUCACAAGGAGGUGGUAUGCUUGCUUUACUUGAGCAAAUGUCAGCUCAACUUCACAGAAUAGGGACUUACAGGGUCACAGAUGUUCAAGGGGAAAUAAGAAUAAUAAAAGAUAUUCUUUCUUCUCAGAAAGCUCUCAUUAUUUUGGAUGAUCUGCUCCAACAAAGCACUUUGCUGCUGCUACGAACGCUGCACAACAAUUUUUCACCUGGAAGUAGAAUUCUUAUUACUACAAGAGAUAGGAAGCUGUUAAAUCAGUUAAAAAUAGAUAUGCCAGAAGUAGAUAUAUAUAUGGUGAAAGCAUUGGGGCGAAAUGAUUCAUUGAAGCUCUUUAGCUCACAUGCCUUCGGAAUGACAAUGCCGCCUGAAAGGUUCAGAGAACUCUCAGCAAGCUUUGUAACUUAUGCUGAUGGUCUUCCAGUAGCUCUCACUCUGUUGGGUAGGUCUUUGUACGGUAGAAACGACGUGUCGCUCUGGAAACUUGAACUCGAACAAGUUCUAGAAAGACCACAGGAAGAUAUACAGAAAAUCCUUCAACGGAGUUAUGAUGCAUUAGAUGAGAAUGAGAAGGCAAUCUUUCUUAAUAUUGCAUGCUUUUUCGUCGGAGAGGACAUAUAUGAGGCUUUUCAUUUAUUCAAAUCUCGUAAUUACUUCCCACAAGUUAGCAUACCGAUUCUAGUGGAAAGAUGUCUUCUAACAGUUGAUAGAAACAACAAGUUUCAAAUGCAUAAUCUUAUCCAAGUAAUGGGAAGGGAACUUGCGAAGAGUAGAAAACAUCUGUUGUUAAAAGGCAAGGAGCGCUACUUUGCCGUACAGAAGUAUAAGUCUGAAGCUGAUAUUAUGGAGGCAACUUUAGAUCUUGAUGGUGAUACCAGAGAAGGAGAUACAAGAUAUCCUUUAACUGAGUUACGAGAAUAUGGAUAUGAGGAGAAAGUUCAGCACAACCGAAAAUCUAGCAGGGAGUUUCUUUGUGCUGGACGAACUGAAAAUACUUCAGCUCAACCAGUAGAGGAAUACCCCCAAAAGGAUUAG